AUGACUAUCAUCAAAUCCAUGACCUCCCUCUCCUUCAACGCCUCUGCUUUCAGCAAUGGUUCAGUGAUGGGUUCCUCCUCAUCAUCAAGUGGACAGUCAUCCAACAAUACCUCUGGUCUCGUCGCCCAAAUUGGAAAGGAUGCCCAACCAGCACUUGAUGGAACAAUUGCUUCUGUGAAGGCAAUUUACAGCACUGUUAUCGCCACUGCUGACGGACUUAUGAGCAGAACCAUCGGAAUCUAA